AAAAAAAGUGUUCGCAGUUUUAAAUAGACAGUGUCAGAGGUUAGGGGCAAGCGAACGUGCACUAUUUGAAGCACAGAUCUGGAUCCACUCAAAGCACAGGCCACAACACAAACAACACACUCUCUCUCUUACUCACUGCCACUCCUACCAGUCUUUGUUUUAUACUUUCAAAGAAGGGAGAGAGAGAGAGAGAAGAAAAUCUAAAGAGAGUGAGAGAGAGAGAGAGAGAGAGAGAGCUGAGCUAGGUAGCUCUCAGCUUCACUGCCCACUUGCUCAGAACCCCAGAAAGUGUUAUCCAGCAGCAGUGAAGGAAAUUGAUGAUUCCUGUGCUCCUGCUGCUACUAGCUAGUCUCUGUAACCGGCCUAGAAACAAGGCGGUGGUUUGGCUUUUGUAGUAAAGUUUGACUGUUAUAGUAUUAUUAUUAUCUUAUGUUUGAAGAGAAAGAGAAACAAGAGGAAGACCUUUCUGUCCUGGGAAUAAUAAGAGAAAGAGAAACACUUUGGUCUUGUUCAUCACAAGUUGUUAGGUAGGGUUUCUAUGUGGUUGAGAAAGAAAGUUUACUUGUACAGACAGAGAGAGAUAGAGCAAAAAGAACUAAACUUGAGUUUGGUUGGUUGGUUUGCUGUGUGAAAUUUUAGUACCAACCCUUUUUCCACCCAUGGAUGGUUACGAAGCUACAAGGAUUGUUUUCUCAAGAAUCCAAAACUUAGACCCGGAAAAUGCAUCCAAAAUCAUGGGUCUUCUGCUCAUUCAAGACCAUGGCGAGAAAGAAAUGAUUAGAUUAGCAUUUGGUCCAGAGGCUCUUGUUCACUCGGUGAUUCUCAAAGCUCGGAAAGAUUUGGGACUAUCCUCGAACACUCCGUCUGCUCCUUCAACUCCAUCAUCUCCAUCUCCUUUUCUCUCAACCAGGCAGAGUACUUCCUCUCCUAACAGGCUUCUUGGUGGGAUUAAUCAUCCUCUUCCUCCUCCUUUAAGCAUCCCAAACCAUUCUUCUUCUUCUUCUGCUAGUUCAGCUACUUGGGCAGCUUUGUCUGAGCUUCAAAACCCAGAUGAUUUGAUUAGUCCCAACAAUUUAGCUCUUGGGUCUUCCUCUUCAAUGAACACUUCUACUUGUUCUCUGCCCUUUUAUGGAAGUGCAGCCCCCGAUGUAAUGGAUGACUUUCAGCUCCAAGACCAGCUCUCUUUCCUCAACGAUGGUUCCCCCAAAAACCAAGACUUUUUUUACCCUCCAUCGGACUUGUCUUCGAGCCCAACUGGUGCCGGCGGCGACCCUCUGCUUUUUCCUUAUUGGGGAGGCUCUGUACACCGCCGAAGCUACUCUGUUAGCGAUGUCUGCUUGGGAACAGAGGACCCGAAUUCCGGGCUUGGCUGGAAACCUUGUCUCUACUUUGCUAGAGGGUACUGCAAGAAUGGAACCAGCUGUAGAUUCUUACAUGGGGGGCUUGGAGAUUCGGUGGAUGCUUCUGCAAUGGUUGGUUCGCCAAACAAGAUUGAUAUGAUGGACCAGUGCCAGGAAAUUCUCAGAUCUAAAUCUGCUCAGCAACAAAGACUGGCUGCUGCCUCUCAGCUCAUGGCCUCAGCUUCUUUUCCUUACUCUCCAAAGUGCAUGAAUAUGCUCCUUCAGCAGCAGCAGCAGCAGCAAAAUGAUACUCACAGGGCUUCGGCGGCUCUAAUGAUGGGUGAUGAUAUUCACAAGUUUGGGCGGUCCCGGCUGGAAAGAAACGAUUUUUCGAUGAACGGCGGGGCCGGAAUGGUGAACCCGGCGUCGAGGCAGAUCUAUUUGACUUUCCCAGCCGACAGCACUUUCAGAGAAGAAGAUGUGUCAAAUUAUUUCAGCAUUUACGGGCCUGUGCAAGAUGUGAGGAUCCCGUACCAGCAGAAGCGGAUGUUUGGUUUUGUUACUUUCGUUUAUCCGGAGACUGUGAAGCUCAUUCUUGCCAAAGGGAACCCUCAUUUUGUUUGUGAUGCUCGCGUGCUUGUAAAGCCUUACAAGGAGAAGGGAAAAGUCCCAGACAAGUACAGGAAGCAACAACAGCAACAAGUGGAGAGGGGAGAGUUCUCACCAUGUGGCACUCCUACUGGAGUUGAUGCUAGAGACCCAUAUGAUCUCCAGCUCGGAGCAAGAAUGUUUUACAAUACGCAAGACAUGCUGUGGAGGAGGAAGUUGGAGGAACAAGCUGAUUUGCAGCAAGCCAUUGAACUUCAAAGUAGAAGGUUAAUGGGUUUGCAGCUUCUAGAUUUGAAGAAGCAUCAGCACCAUCGCGCGGUCUCCGCCGGCAGUCCCGUUCCCUCCCCUACCCAGUCUCCUAACCCGUUUAGUCAAAAUCUUGUUCUCUCUUCGUUACAGAGCAGCCCAGAAGCCCCGGAAGAGAAUUCUCCUCGUGCUGUUUCUACCGAUCAGUUGCAGUUGCAGUUGCAGCAGACGGUGAUAGCCACUGUUGCUGGCAAAGAAUUGACUGAUAAUGGUGAGAAUGCCAAUGGGAAGCAGAGCCCCCCUCAUGAAGCAAGUGAUUUGCUAGAAUGUUUGGAGCACAACCUGCCUGAUAGUCCCUUUGCAUCUCCGACCAAAGCUGGUGCAGAAUUCUUGUCUGCCUUUGCCAAUGGAUCCAUCGAGGGCAAUGCCCCAGAUGGUUCAGCGCCAUCUACUAACAAUAAGUUGGCUACUUCGUCAAUACUCCCGGCCACUUCUACGCUGGAUAUGGCUGCCUUCAAGUCUUUCAACUGCCAAAUUCCAAGGUUCUCCUCCGGCCAUGGAGCCAUCGGAAUGUAUGCCGGCACCACCGGAGGACCUAUUGGAAUUUAGCUUGCGAUGGUCAGGAAGAUUGAGAAGUAUAACCAAACAAACCCCCCAUAUCAAACAAGGUCUGUAGAGAAUCCACCGCCAUCACCACUCACUGCCAUCAUCAUCGUCAUCAAUAAUAUACUACUUACUACCAUACAAAAUGCAUACGUAAAAGGCACAGUAAAGGAAGUGGGUCACCCAUUCCUUUCUUUGUUGUUGUUGUUGUUGUUGUUGUACUAUUUUCAUCUUUUAUUUUCUGUAGUUGAAGUUGAACCACAGGUAAAAAAGAAAGAACAUAGACAGAAUCACAGAGUCCAUGUGUAGUAGUAACUUCUGGCACUGUAAUUUCUCUCCCUUUCCAUUGUUUGUUUCCCUAGCAGAAACAAAAGCCCAAAUCUAGUCUUAGUUUUCAUAGUCUGUUUUUAGGGUGUAAUCAAAAUAUCUUUGUACAGCAGAAGCAAGAGCCAGAGAAGCAGAGGUAAAAAGCAGAAUGUAACUACAAGCCUGAUUGAUAGCCCCCCAUAUUAGGGUAAAUUAGAGUUGGAAAGGGUUGAUUGCUGAAGGAGAGGAAGGAAAGGCAAACAGUCAGCCCAUUGCUGUUUCAAGACUAUAACAAGUACAAUCUGGAAAUCUCUACCAUUUCAUGUAUUACUCUUUAUUUGUAGUACUAGUUGUUAUACACAGUAUCAAUCCUUUAGAUUACCAGACAGAGAGGGUGAUUUGGAAAGAAAAUCAGUAAGAAAAAGUGAUGAGUUUUUGCUUUUU